CGAUGAUUGUCAUGGAAAAUGUGUCAUUUUCCAGUUAAUUUUCCCGGAAACAUGAAAGAAAGACUUGAGGGUUUUUCUUAAUCUUUAUGUUUCUUGAACAACCAACUACAAUCUCAUAGACAUGUCGGAGGAAGUUAACUGGUCUGAGUUGCCAGAGGAACUGUUACAGAAGAUCGCCGUCCAUCUGUUUUCCGACACAGAGCUCAUCAGUUUCCGUAGCGUCUGCAGAACGUGGCGAUCCUCGGCCGCUGAUAAGCGGUUCCCGAGCCGUCGUCUCAUCCGUCUCUCCCCUCUUGUUCACAGAGAACGGGCCCACCACCACGGCGCGUUUCUCUCACGUGCUACUUACUUCCGUGUCACUCUGCCUCUAGCCUCUGUGCAGAGGGCUUGGAUGAUCAAGGUUGAAGAACUCGAAUCCGGGAAAAGGCGCCUCCUUUCCCCUCUCUCGCGCCUACCCAUCAACCAUUCAUGUCAAAUUCUAGAUCUUUUGAAGUUUGGAGUCUCCGAGAUUGAAGAAGGUUAUGCUGUGAAGUGUUUCCAAAAGGAAAGAACUGUUUCUGGGUUCCAAAGAGUCGCCAUGGUCACAGUUGCAGGUGAGACUCAGGUUCUUGGAAUUGGCUGCGACGGAAAACUCCGCUACUGGAACGGGGAAAUAUGGAUCAAAAUAAAAAAUCAAGCCGAUACACUUUGCGACAUUACAGUUCACAGAGGGAUUACAUACGUCAUAGACAUUAAUGGGAUCGUUUGGUGGCUUCAUUCUUUCGGACUUGUACAGUAUUCACCUCCACUUCACAGCCAUGGCAAUGACAAGAGCUUUGUGGAGUCCCGUGGAGAAUUAUAUGUGGUUGACCGGUUCAUGAAGGGCAAAGCUCGAAAAGGGAGAGCCAUAGCAGAUGCUUUCAGACAACAAUUCGGUAUCCGUUGUCUUCAUGCUUUCAUACAGGAUACCGACGGUGCCAGGCCAUGUAACAUAGUGAAGGAAUGCGAAUUCGAGACCGUUAGUUUCAAGGUUUACAAGCUGGACGAGGAAUGGGGAAGGUGGAUGGAAGUGAAGUCAUUGGGAGACAGAGCUUUUGUCAUGGCUACAGACUGCUGUUUCUCUGUCUCAGCUCUCGAGUUCAAUGGAUGUCUCGAGAAUUCUAUUUACUUCACCGAUGAAGACGAAGAUGAACAGAAACCAGGCUUUGGAUUGAACGGUCAUGAUCUUAGGGUGUUCAAGCUUGAUGAUGGUAGCAUUACCUACCUGAAAUCUUUCUACAAUCAUUUUCAGAUGUUCUUUCCUUCCUUUCUUGAAACAUAAAAUAUCACAAUAGUGGUGCGCAUAAGAUUCUGCUACUUAGUUUCUGAUGAUGUAAAAAUCACAGUUUUCUUUUCAGCUACUACUAAAUUCAGAAGUUCAUCUUCUGAUU